UCAGCACUCGGGCAGGGGAGUUUGUGCGUUCCAGCUAAAAAAUACGUGAUCGCAUAGUUACCUUACACCGUAACUAUCACUUUUAGUUGAUCUCGUAGCUUGUAUCUUAACUCUUAUCUCUUAUCCGCGAGAUCGGAGCCAACGAAUCGGGUUUUAAUGGUUACUCUAACAGUACUAUCUACUAAUUAAGUAGAACACCAUUUUAUUUUCCGUACGUCGGAUCCUAAUGCCGUUACUACUAACCGAUGGAUACGCUCUGUAGUUUAUUGUUAUUUUAAACUCUUGACUGUAUUAACAGUGAGUGUCUAAUUAUUUAGUUAUCUUAUGCCGCGGGAAUUUUAAAUUUUAAAUAUUAAUAGUGUAGUAUAAAGUAGGAUAUUAUUUAAAAGGAUAAAACAAGUGAUUUUGUAUAUUUUUUAUCAAGAGUGACUUCCGUGACAUCACGAAGAGUGAAUUCAAGGUUGGUUACGAAGCCGGUUGCCGGCUUACGUUUCACGUGGUGAGGAGAUUUUUCUUGUUCUCCUCCUACUUCUCAUCGUCAUCAUCAUCAUCUCAUUCUAACUCUACUCCAAUUUAGUUGCCGGGUUCUGGCUGCAUAUGAUGGAUACACUCGCGUUAAAAACGCGUCUCCACGUCCUCAGAACUCACUGUGGACCUCUUGCUACAAGUAAACUCUGAUCACCGAUUAUUUAACAGUGCGCGCAAGUGUUGAUAUUAUUAUUUAAUAAAUAAUAAUAAUAAUAAUAAUAAUAAUUGGUGGGUAAUCUGGAUUGGGUAUCUCGAGCUAAGAUAUUUGAUACUACAGAGCGCGCGGUCAUAUUGAUAUUUAAAUAAAAAAAAAAAAAAAAUAAUAAUAAUCGUGAUCGUCGGUCAAGUGUACAGACCGGUUCCGAUGGUCAGUCACAAGUGCGGAUUUUUUUACCAAGUGUCCAACAUUAAAAUAUUGAGCGUUUACUCAUUAGCGUUUGAAAUCCGCGGGUGUUGAUCGUGAAGUGAGCAGUUUAUUAACAAAUAGUUAACCAUUUUGUAUAGUAAAGUAUUGAAAGUGUGGGUGGAUAAGCUAUUAUUUGAAUAUAUAUAUAUACACAUAUAUAUAUUUAUUUGUUAAUUAAUUAUCAAUAAGACAACCAUGGAUAUCCUGCCGAGCGGGAAUAUAUUUAGAGAGUUGCAGGACAUUCAUGAUACCGGAUAUUUUUCGGCGCAGCCGUCGCUCGAGGAUCACUGGCAACAGACUUGCUAUGAGAUGGAGAGGUACCUGAAAGAUGAACCUAAGCUACAAUCGUACAAAAAACUGCCCACGGAGCUGGACACGGCGCCUUGGAACCUUUUCAGAGCGCCACCGCUCUCGUGGACUGCGACGACUUGCACCACUACCGCACAGUAUGAAUCCCAAAUCAAAAUGGAGGUGACCGCAUCACCAGAUGACAGGGAUCCCCUGUGUUUGGAUGACAUCAAAUUCAGUCCUGGUGACCACAACCACAAUGGACGAGACAGGGAUUUGCUUGAUCGUCAUCUCGAUUCCCUCUCUAUGUCAUCUGCGAGCUCAGCGUGCUCCGCUCUUUCAUGGGACAGCUCGCCGACCCUAUCAUGUCGGGCGCUUAUUUUGAAAAAAGAGCCCAGUGAAGAUUUGGAAGAGGAUGAAGAGCAUGAGGAAAUCGAGGAAGAAGAAGAUAGCGGAUGUGAAGGCGAAGGCCAAAUUCUUACACCACCAUCGAGUCCUGAAUCGGGUCAGGGCCAUUCAAAUUCCAGUAAUUCGUCGAGUGGCAGUUCCAUGUUGGAUGUACACAAUUUAAAUUUACAUGGCGCUGGCGGGCGAAACGCCAUCGUUAGGGUUACCGCAACAAACGGGCAAGGAGUUGCCAGAUUAAUCUCCGUGACGACAAAUGAUUUCCCAGUAGUUACAAAUACGCAGCAUCAGCACACAGGUACCACAGCAGUUGCAACGACAGUAACAAGCAGGCAUCAUGCCAGAAGUCACGAACACAGUCCCCAAGACACUAAACGUAGAAUACACAAAUGUACAUUUCCAGGAUGUAAAAAAGUUUAUACCAAGAGUUCGCAUCUCAAGGCGCACCAGAGAACGCACACGGGUGAAAAACCAUACAAAUGCAGUUGGGAAGGAUGUGAAUGGCGAUUCGCCCGUUCAGAUGAGCUGACACGUCACUACCGCAAGCACACGGGAGCUAAACCAUUCAAAUGUCGACACUGUGAUCGGUGUUUUUCGCGCAGCGAUCACUUAGCUCUACAUAUGAAGAGACACGUCUAAUCCACUCAGUCUCUCAUACAAAAAAAAAAAAUAAUAAAUAAAUAACAAAAAAAAAAAAAAAAACACCACCCCCACUUCCAAGUGUGUGAUCAGUGAGCAAGAAUUUAUUUAAAUGCAUGCCAUGCUCUCUGGCAUUAUGGCAAUCCUCUUUACAUCGUCGUCGCUAUCAUCUUCGUCAACGUUACGGAACGAACUAGCCUAGCCGAAGGAUUUAAAUAAAAUAUAACUAAAUAUUAAUAAAUGAAAGGAAUUAGUCGACAAGUUCUCUCGUACAUUAUAAACUUCCAACUUCCUUGCUUCCAAGUUCAUCUUACUUGUUUUUACUUCAUUGCCGCUAAGACAUCUGUCCGAGUAUUUUAGUCGUCAAGCCCCGAGACAAAUUUUUAUUUUUACUCAUUAAUGAUUUUACGAUUUUUUAAAAUUAUUAUUAUUAUUAUUUUUAAUUAUAGUUAUAGUUAUUAUUAUUAUUAUUAUUAUUAUUAUUAAUUAACAUCUUGGUGGCAAGACAAAAAAUUGUGAUCAAGUGCUGAGAUGUUUUAAACUGUCUCUAAAUCAGCCACGAACAAGAUUUAUAUUUUUAUUUUUAUUAUUAUUAAUAUAUAUAUAUAUAUAUAUUUAUUUUGAGACACGUUAAACCACUGCCAAUAAAAUAUGUAUUAUGAUGACGACAUACCGGCGUCGUAAUUAUAAAAAAGUAAAUAUAUAAGAACAAGUAUCGAUGACAACGAGGAACGCAACGAGAUAUUAGGAAAAAUUAGAUCGAAAUUAGGUAAAUUUUCUUAGGAAAUUAAUGCAUCGUUCGUAUAUUAAGAUGCAUAUUAUCAAAUAAAAUUGAUUUUUAUUGCAAUUAUUAUUAUGAUCAUUAUUAUUGAUAUUAUUAUUAUUAUUAUUAUUAUUGGAGCCUUGUCUGGAUCCUCGGUGCUACGAAAAAAAUUGAUUGAAUUGAAAGCUAAAAAAUGUUAUCUUGAUUUAUUGAACGAUGCUAUUGUUUAGAUAAAUUUAAAUAAAUUAGUACGAAUUUGAGAUAAAUAGAUUGAGUUAAUUGUAUAAAAUUAGCUAAUGAAAAAUAUAUAAGCAAAUGAGAUUUACUGAGAGAUCGUCACUAAUUUCUAGUUUGUAAUUUUUCGAUGAUUUUAUAAUGACGACAGAGGACUUAAAUCUAAAUGAUGUUCAGUGGCCAAAUAAAUUAAUUGAUACAUGUAGAUGAUAAAUAUGUAGUUUGUAAAUGUGUGAAAGGUUAAAUUAAUGAUUAAUGAAAAAUAUAAAUAUAUAUUAAAAAUAAAGUAAAGUAAACAAGUAGUAAAAUGUUAUAACGUUAAGGUAUGAAUGGACUCGCGUUCGUAUAGAAAAAUAAAUUACAAAUUAAUUAGAAAUGUAACGCGAAGGAUGACUGAUACGUAGACUAAGUAAAUGAUUAAUAAAUUAAGUAAGUAAAUAAAUGAUAAAUUAACGAGCCAGAGCAAUUACUGAGUUUGUAUAUCGUGCAAUUUUUUCAAUGUUUCAUUAUUUGUUACCACAUUUCACAAUUUAAUAAUUGUAGUCUUAAGUAAUGAAGAAUGAUGUAGGUAUUUAAUGAAAAAAUGAUAUAAUUAAAUGAGUUUAUUAAUUUAAAGGAAGGCAAAGAGAUAAAUAUUUAAAACUUAAGGUUAAUGUGUGUAUGAUAUCAAGCGUAUUAAGCAAAAGUCUUAUUGAUAGCCAUAUUUUAACAAAAAAUAAAAAUUAAAAAAAAAAAAUAUUAAUUGCGGUGCCGGGCGGAGGACACCAGUUACUUUUAAAAUCCCGAUAAAUGCACAAUCGAUAAAUGGAAUUACAUUUAAUAAUUACGCUUUCGCUUAGCGGGAAUCUUGCCAUUUGUAUCGCAAUUUGUCGUAAGCUCGAGCAGAGUUGAGGCUGAAAUUACUAUUAUUAUUAUUAUUGUAAUUAUUAUUAUUAUAAAUUUUAAAUUCGCGAUUUAUUUUUUGUCGACGGAUUUAUUCGAACGGUAAAUACUGAUAAGGAUUUAUGCCGAGCGAUUGUUUAAUUUUCCCGGACCGUCAACGAGACUUUUGUACCAAUUUUCAUUCCUUCCAUAAGAAAAAAAAAAUAAAAAAAAAAAAGUAUAUAAAUUUUUUAAUUAAAAUUAUUAUUAUAAUUAAUGUGCGUAAUAUAUAUCAAAAAAUGAGUCAGUUUAUAAUACUAUUAAAUAUUAUAAAUUAUAAAUUAUGAAUUAUUAUUAAUAAUAAAAGUAAUUAUUAUAAUAAUUAUAAUUAAUAUAUACGAGAAAAAAAAUAAUGUAUUAUGUAAUAAUUAGGUUGGCUAAAAAUAUUUCACGAUUAUAUAAAUUUUUAAAUUAAUUACGAACAAGUAAAAUAAAUAU